CCACGACGACUGCGAAUCGCAACAUUGCGAGAAACUACAAUACCAAAACGACGAGCACAUAUUGGCACACUCGAGUCAACUACGCGAGGAUACACACCCUUUAUUAGCGGUCUCCGAUCCAACGCGCAAUCUACCUCGUCGUCGACCUACCUCUCGACCUACCCAUACCUUACUCAACACUAUACACAUCGCCGAUUAACUACUUUUCACCGUCCAAGAUGCGCUUCACUAACCCCAAACACUCCCUCUCGACGCUCGACCCCUCAGGCGAAUCGCCCGUCUCUCUCCUCCCCACGACGCCCGAAGACAUGUGGCACGCGCACAACCUGAUCGCGCCCUCGGACCUCUUGCGCGCGCACGCCAUCCGCAAAGUCGUCACCACAGGCUCGACCGGCUCUACGACGUCGGACCGCGUACACACCGACCUCACGAUCCGCGUACAAUCCGUCUUCUUCGACCCGGCCGCCUCGUCUCUCCACGUCUCGGGCACCGUCUGCCAAGAGAACCAAUACGUCAGCUUAGGCCAGCACCACACUUUGGAUCUGGAACUCAACCGGCCCUUUCAGCUAUGGAAGCGUAGCGGGUGGGACUCGGUUUCCCUAAAAAUGCUGGAGGAGGCGGUGGCGGAAGACACGGGCGAGGCCAUGUGCGCGGUGGUGAUGCAGGAAGGGCUGGCCAACAUCUGUCUGAUCACCGAGUUCCAGACGGUCGUCAAGCAGCGGGUGGAAGCCAACAUCCCCAAGAAGCGGGCGGGCGGGUCGGCGAGCCAGGGCGGCAUGACGAGCUUUUACGAAAAGACGCUGGCGACGCUGCUUCGCACCGUGGACUUUUCCCAGCCGCGGCCGUUGUUGUUGGCGAGUCCCGGGUUUGUGGCGCAGGAUUUUAGGGGGUACAUGCAGAGCGAAGGACAGAAGAGGACAGACAAAAAAUUGCAGAGGAUGGCGAAGGAUGCGGUGGUUGUGCACAGCAGUACGGGGUAUGUGCAUAGCUUGAAUGAGGUGCUGAAGAGCCCGGAGGUGCAGGCGACCAUGAGAGACAAGCGAUUUACGGGCGAGACGGCAUUGAUGGAUCAGUUGUACGAUCGGUUGAGGAAGGAUGAUGGGAGGGCGUGGUAUGGUGCGAAACCGGUGGAGAGGGCGGUGAAGGAGGGUGCGGUGGGGAGGGGAGGGGGCGUGUUGUUGAUCAAUAACAAGUUUUUCAGGAGUCUGGAUAUCAAGACGAGGAAGAGGUUUGUGGCGUUGGUGGACAAGGUCAAGGAGGAUGGAGGCGAGGCGAGGGUGUUGAGCAGUGAUCACGAGAGUGGGCAGCGGCUGGAUGCGCUGGGUGGAAUUGCUGCGAUUCUUACGUAUCCGAUUUAUGACUUGGAUGAGGACGAGGUGGAGGAGGGUGGUGAAGGGGAAGAGUCAGGGGCGGCGGCGGAGGAAGGAGCCAUGAUUAUAUGAUGGAUGUUUUCCUUGUUUACAGCGGAAAAUUACAGCCCGGUCUUUUCAGAAUUUACUCCAGACUUAUUUUCCG